AUGUCUGGCGAUAUCGCCGCCGCCAGGCCUCCCAGCGAGCCCCAUCCUAACUCUGCCCCUUCCUCCUCGCCCAAAGCCAGCCAGGCUGCCCCGCCCGUCCUGCAACCUCCUCAAGACCCCCUGCCGCCUUCUUACCACAUCGGGAGCCCCACAGGCUCUAUGAGCAUGUCCCAGAGACGAGGGGCAAGGCCGGCUUUCCUCAGCCCUACUCGAGGUGUACGAGGCGCAUCGCAGAGUGCCGGGGUGUCUUCAACUCGAGGGCUCCCCACGCCAACGCAUAGCGCUGGCCUGCGUUCCGAGCCCUACCCAUCACCAAUUCCCCUCCUGACUGCUCCCAUCACCCCUGCUGCCCAGCAACAACAUCCUCUGCAUCAAUCAGCGCCCGUUCAAUCAUCUGGCCACAGCCACGCCGGACCAAGUCAUACGCCCAAGCACGCCAACCCCAAUCCAUACCAGCUCAGCCUGGACGAGAUUCCUAAACGCUUCGUGCUCAAGAAGCUCGUCGAGCUGGCACCCAAGUAUUGGUACUCGCCCGAUACCGCAGAUUGCCAUAUCGUUGUACCUUUACGCCGCCCACAUAGACCUAACCGGAACGACGACCAAGGUCCGAGAACGGCUGUGCCCCACGAUGGUAGAGGCAACAUGCAGCUGGAUGGUAUGAGGACUGCUGUACCCUCUGGAUCUUUCGCCGAGCAACAGUCACGGCCUAGGAUGCCAGGACCGGGGGUGGGAGGGUCGGGAGCGCAUGGCGCUGGGGGGACGAUGCCGGAUGUAGUGUCCAGCUCGCAACAGCUCGCCUCCAAGGACUUGUCUAUGCGACGGGGCAGUCUGCCAGAAACGCAGAAUCCUCUAGACAACUCACUGGUCUUUCCCCUUCAUAGGGACUACAUCACUACCCAAUCAUCACUCUUCCACACCCUCCUCCGCCAGAGCUCCGCCCAAGCUACUACGCCUACGCAAAGAGAUGCCAACGGCCGCCUCGUGUGGCAAGCGCCCGUCUACAAGGGAGCCCGUGUACUACCUACCCGCGCCGGAAGCCCCAAGGCUAUUCAAGUACCUCUCCCCGACCCAUCCAGCUUCGGUGUCAUCCUGCAUUACCUCUACUGGCAUGAUGCUGAACAUUUCAACUACUGCCUGACGAAGGGUAUCGUCACCUGGCAAGGUGUCAUUCGCAAUAUCGAAUACCUAGGACUUGACCCCGAAAUCAAACACCUCGCGGGCAAGUGGUGGAAGCGAUGGGUCAAGCCUGUCGAGAAUGGUGACCGCUCUCUCGCCGCCCCCAGCAUGAGAGCAGCGAGUCAAGGCAAGGCCAGGGGGGGAGGCAUGGCGGUGGAUGAUGAUGACGAUGAGGAGGACAGAGAUAACAGCAGUGGGAUAGAUGCGGACGAUGAGGAUUAUGAGCAAGCGGAUGCUGAAGAGGAUGGUUUCGCGGACCACGUAUCGUCACGGCUAAGUUUGCUCGGGGCGAGCUGA